AAAAAAAAAAAAAAUGGCAUUACUAGUGACUUCUGCCAGUACAAAUUCUCCUGCUGAUCAGAAGCAGAAGAGAAUGAUGAUGUUGUGCACCGAAGAUGGUGAGGAAAAAGGGUUGUUUGUGGAGGAGAUGAGGAUGGUGGCAAUGAAGUUGCAUACCAGAGAUCAAGCUAAGGAGGGAGAGAAGGAGACAGAAAGACAUGAGCCAGAAGGCCAUUCCCUCUCCAAAUGGGAGCCUACUCUUGAAGGCUACUUGAAGUUUCUGGUGGAUAGCAAACUGGUGUAUGCCACAUUGGAGAAGAUUGUGGAGAAUCCACAACAGCAUUUUCCUGAGUAUGCAGAGUUCAGAAACACUGGUUUGGAAAGGUCGGAAAGACUUGAGAAAGACCUGAAAUGGUUCCAGGAAAAAGGUCACUCCAUCCCGGAGCCAUCUUCGCCUGGAAUCACCUAUGCUCGGUAUUUGGAAGAUCUGUCCCUGAAACAUCCUCAACCUUUUCUCUGUCACUUUUACAACAUCUACUUCGGCCAUUCUGCCGGCGGCCGGAUGAUCGGAAGGAAGGUAACUGAGAAGCUCCUCAACAAGGAGGAGCUGGAAUUCUACAAGUGGGAUGAUGAACUUGCUCAACUCUUGCAGAAUGUGAAGAACAAACUCAAUCAGGUAGCUCAGAGCUGGACAAGGGAAGAGAAGAACCAAUGUUUGGAAGAAACUGAGAAGUCAUUCAAGUUUUCAAGGGAUAUCUUCCGUUUAAUUUUGUCUUAAUUGACAUAAAAAGAGUAGAAGCUCUCUGUAUGGCUGUAUGAUAUAGUGCACCAUGAAUCAUACUUAAUUUCCAAGCUACUUUUCUCCAGCAUAUAUUUCAGAUUGAAAAAGUUUCUACUCCAUCCGUCCCAUAAUUAUUGUCCUAUUUUGGUUUUCAUUUUUAGUUUAAAUUAUACUAAAAAUAAAAUCUCAAACUGGACAAUAAU